UUGAACAAAAUUUUCAACUAUUGCGGCAAGAUGAAAUAUCAAAUAUCAAUAGUUUUGUUAUUAUUAGCAGAUUCAGUAUUCACUAAACAUAUUAAACCAUGGAACGAAAAUCAUAAACCCAAGUGGAUAACUGAUAAUGAAGUGGUGGACAAUGAUGAUGAAGAGAUCAAUGUUUGUCAAACAGACGAGUGUAAAAUUUUAGGGAGAGAAUUUUUGAAGGGUAUGAAUAAAAGUGUCAACCCAUGUGAUAAUUUUUAUGAAUUUAUGUGUGGAGAAUAUAAAAAUAACUAUAAAAUACCUGGAUACAUGUCAUUCUGGAAUAGACCACUUAUGUUUCAGCACACUGUAUAUCGUCGAAUUAAAGCAAUAUUGGAAGUGGAACCCGAAAAGAGUGAUAUUUUACCAGUGAGACUAGCAAAAAAAUGGUAUCAAUCUUGUAUGGAUACAGAUACCCUUGAAAAAAGAGGUAUUAAACCUCUAGAGUCAAUAUUAAUGCAACUUGGAGGAUGGCCGAUGACAAUAGACGUUGAGGAAUGGGAUGAAAAUGGACAUUCAUGGCAGAGAAUCGAACAACAUUAUUUCCAUCUUACUGGUUCACAUAUAUUUUUCGAUAUUAAACCAGUGAUGGUAGAUGAUAAAUUAAUCAUGAUUCGAGCCAGAAAUCUACCUUUAUUCGACAAACUUCCAUCAGAAUACAGAAAAUACUCUUCAAAUAAAUAUGAUGAAUACGUGAAACUCAUCAAAAAAAUUGUUCAAAUAUUUAUUGAACAUAAUAAAGCUGAUGUUUUUAAAAGUGCAUUAUCACUGGACGUGGAAAAUUUAGUUGCCUUUGAGAAACAAUUGGAAAAGAUCUUUCGAGAUGAUCAUAGUCCUGAUGAGUGGCAAUCUAUUGAAGAAUUUAUUGUAGAAUAUGAAAAUGCAGUCAAUGCUACCAUGGAAGAAUCAACUAUCAAAAUAAAUUUUAGGAAGCUAAUUAAAAAUGAAUUCGAUUUAAUAAAUUCAGAGGUGAAUAAUUUAGUAUCUGUGAUGACUCAUAAAAUAAAAUAUUUAAUUAAACUCACUGAUUUACUAAAUAAAACACCCAAACGUACAAUAGUUAAUUAUUUACAUUGGUACUUUGUGAGUGAUAUGCUGGCUUACACAACUAAAGAAGUGAGAGAUGUUUUCUUUGAGUUCAUGGAGAAUGAGUUGGGUCUCACAGAAACACAACCACGUUGGCUUGAAUGUGCAAAUGAAAUGAAAAUGUCAGGAGCAGCAGGUUAUGCUUUUGUAAAAAAAUAUUUUUCACCAGAUGCUGAACGUACUGCUCGACGAAUGGUUGAAAAUAUUCGAGCAGAGAUGAAGUCACAAAUUUCAGCAGCCACUUGGUUGGAUGAAGAAACAAAAGAUUUGGUUAUUGAUAAAUUGCAAUCAAUGGAGGUAUUGCUAGGAUUUCCAGAGUGGUACAAGAAUAAAACUCGUGUGAUCAAUUACUACAAAGGGCUCAUUAUUGGAUAUGAUUAUUUCGACAAUGUUUUGAGUUACAAAAAAUACUCUGUUAAACAAAGCUGGCAUAAUGCAAUGAUUGAUGGCAAAGACAGAGAAUACAGUUUCGACCCGCUUGUUACCAAUGCACUCUACAGAUUUUCCAGAAAUAAUAUAGAACUUCCAGCAGCUGAUUUUCAACCUCCUCUAUUUACAUCCGAACUCCCAAGCGUUGUCAACUAUGGAUCAAUAGGAAGCAUAAUUGGCCAUGAAAUUGGACAUGGUUUUGAUGUUAAAGGAAUUACAUACGGAAAAGAUGGAAAACGUGCCAAAAUAACAAAAACAAUACUGAAAUUAUAUUACGAACACGCUUAUUGUUUUAUUGAACAAUUUCAAAACUAUUACGAAGCUGCUAAAGCUGAUGCUGAAGAGACCAUUCGGAAAGAUUUUAGUAGAAUAAAAGCUGCUAUGACAUACGCAGAGAAUGUGGCUGAUACAACAGGGCUUCAUGCAGUAGUUAAAGCUUAUCAGAAUCUAAGAGCCAAGAAUCCAGAUAUUAUUUCUAAAUUACCAGGUUUAGAGGAAUAUACUGAUGAUCAACUAUUUUUUAUUUCAUUCGGAGCACUUUGGUGUCAAAUUGAAACACCCCAGAUGAAAGAACUUUCAGAAAAAAAUGAUUCUCACAGCCCAAUGCAAUUACGAUCAAUUGGUGCACUAGCAAAUAGUGAAGAUUUUGCGAGAGCUUUUAAUUGCCCUCGAGGUAGUCCUAUGAAUCCGGAAAAUAAAUGUAACAUUUGGAAUCCUGAAAAUUCUACCAAUUUGAACGAAAAGAUUCAUCAUCAAUGGCUAGGAUAUUGAUAGAGUUAAAAAAUAUACAAGCAACACUCGUGUCAAAAAAGUAAUUCAACUAUGGUUCGAAUAUCAAGAGCUUACAAACUCAAAAUUGAUGAAGUUACGUUUAUUAUAUCACACAACACUUGAUGUAAUAUUACUUCUCUACAAAAAUAAAAAAUAUCGAAAAUUCUGUUUUAUUAUAUUUAUGGUCAGAAUAAAAUUUAUUCAAUUCAA